AUGAGUUUUCAGGAGCGACUACCGGAGGCCCUCCAGCCUGCAAAGAUGUUGGAGAUGUACGAAGAGUUUGUCACCAAAAACGCCAGCUCAGUUGGCCAGGUUGAAUCCGCAUUGCGCUCCUUAACGUAUAUUAUACCGGGGCGAUUCCGGGAAGCGGAGCUAGCCUCAGAGUCGAUUCACUCGGGUGUUCAACUACUUUCCCUCUAUCAUGACUCCCUCGUUGCUCGAGUUAUUGCUCGCCUUCCCCCUUCUCAGCCACGUCCCACUCCGAGUCCGCACACUCGAUAUACCAAGUAUUGGAGCUUCCAGUCGCGUCUAUAUCACAAAGUUGCCUUGGCGCUUCAGAUGGUCAAAUACACCGAGCUAUUGUGGGAGAUGGCGGCACGCCGGAAGGGCGAGAAGCUUCGGUGGCGUGUCGUCGUGGUUAUAGAGGCCGUUAAGGCUUUCUGCAGAUUGAUAUUAUUACGCAUAACGAAUUCUCGACCUAUUGUCAACCCACCACUUCCCGAAAGAGAGGUUGAUCCAAGACAGGCAGAGGAAGAAGACAAUGGUGACUUUAAUGGCAUGGAAACUCCGCCAAGUGAGUCAUCUGAACCGACCGAUUUAAACUGGACAAUGCCUCGGACGGGAAUGUCGUUGCCAAAUUUACCCGAUGCGAACGAUAUUUCGGCCUACCUUACCUCCAAAGUUUUAACUGCGGAUGAUGUCAGACCCCCACAAACAUUAUUACACAGGGUUUCGGGGACAGGCCAGCUUGCAGAAGUGCUAUAUAUUCUCCGGCCGCUCAUCUAUGCGAUUGCACUCCAGAGAUAUAGAACGCAGAAGAAGAGUUGGACCCCCUGGCUCAUUGGCUUUGGCCUGGAAUUUACUUGCCGUCAGCUUGCCAAGAAAGAAUUCCGCGACAGGGUCGCAGGUGGUCUACGUGGCUUAUCAAAACUGGAGAGGGAAGAACUCAGCAAAAGAGGUUGGAGCAUGGGAUGGUGGGUUAUGAGAGGUGCAUUCUACGAAAAUGUUACGAAGUCAUGGAUAAAAUCCUUUACAAGCUCGCUGCGUGAUAAACCCCUACUUAGUCUUGUAGGGAGCGUAGUUGAAGACUACGAAUACCUAUGGGACAAUUACUAUUUCUCCACGGCUACAAUGUAG